AUGAUUAAUUUAGAAAAAUUCUUUUUAUAUUCAGCAUUUUAUAUACUAUAUAUAUUUCCUUAUAUAAUUACUUCAGCCUAUUUUAGUUUAAAUGAUGAGUAUUUAGAAAAGGGAAAUGUUAAAAGAUCAAUAGAAAAAAUAAUUAAUUUUAAAUAUGAUAAUGAAAUAAUGGAUGAUUUAUCAAUAAAUAAUAGAAAAAAAAGAAAUAUAAAAAUAAAGUUAGGAAAAUUUAGAUGGGAUUCAUUUAUAGAUUAUUAUGUUUCUUUUCCUUUAGGACAUUCUAAGAUAAAAAAAGUAAUAAAUGUUUUAGAAACUACAACAUGUUUAAGAUUUAGAGAAGCAAAAAGCUUAUAUGGUUGUGUGUCAGGUAUUCUAUUUGUUUCAUCAACUCGUUGUCAUAGUCACUUAGGAAGAGAAACUGAUAGGAAUUGGCAAAGAAUAGAAAUUGCACGAGAAUGUUAUAAUGAAGGAGAAAUUUUACAAUUGAUAUUACGUACAUUGGGAGUAAUUUAUGAACAUAAUCGGGUUGAUAGAAAUUAUUUUGUACAAGUUGUUGAAGAAAAUAUUCUGCCAUUUGCUAAAAAACAUUUUGAAUUAUUCAGAAAAAGUGUAUUUAAUGAUAAAUUUUUGCCUUAUGAAUAUGGAUCCAUAAUGCAUUUCGGAAUGUAUAAUUAUAGUAGAAAUGGAGGUAAAACAUUAGUUACAUUUAAUCGUUUAUAUGAAAAUACUAUGGGACAACAUGAUAUGAUUACUUUUAACGAUAUAAGAACUUUAAAUAUGCAUUUUUGUUCUGAUGUGUGUAGAAAUCGAAUCAUAUGCGAAAAUUAUGGAUAUCAGAAUCCAAAUAAUUGUAAUCAAUGUUUGUGUAUUGAAGGAUAUGCAGGUGUUUCAUGUGAAAAAACUGCAAAAACACGACCAUUUUGUUCCAAGAGUGUGUUUUUAGUAACCAAUAAGCCUUUAUUUUGGAAUAUAACUGGAGUGAAACAUUGUGUAUAUCAUUUAAAAGCAAAUAACUUUCACAAAAUUAAAAUUGUUCUUUUAAAAGUUAGAAUGGAUACUUCAUUUUCAAUGAUGUGUUCAUCAAGUGAUACACUUGAAAUUAAAUUUCUUAGAAACAAAUCUUUAACAGGUGCAAGGUUUUGCCACCAGAAGUUUCCUAAAUUUAUUAAAUCACAUGAUAAUUAUGUUAUUAUACAAUAUAAAAGUUAUGAUCCUAGAAGUUUUGUUCAUAUGUAUUUUAAAAGCUCUCAUUGA